AUGCGAGUUAUACGGUGCAUACAUGAAAUUCAUACUUCUCUUGCUAUUUUCCUGCCUCACCAUGGCAAAGAUAGGAAGGAGACACUCGUCUCUCAUCGGACAUGUCUUUCGUCGUCUCGCACAAUAAGGGUUUUUGAGGAUCACGACGACAGCGAUGAUGACCAGCUUCUAUCAAGAUAUUUUUCUCAACCUCUCCUCUUCACCUUACCAGCACUCUCUAUCAAUGAUGAAACUUCCCAAUCUGUCUGGCUCCAUCGCACCCUCUUUUGGUACACUUUCCCAUUUCAGCUGCUUGACCUCUCCUCAAAAGCUCCUAAUCAUGGAUACAGAGCUGAAAAAACAUUAGGGGCAUCAACUUUCAAAAGGGCUGCUCAGGCCUUGUGUACAAGGCUGAGAUGCCAAAUAGGAAAUAGCAGUACAGCAGAUGAAAUAGUGGAGUCUUUUGCUCAAGGGAUACAGAUUAUUGGAUACAUUCGGCAUAGGAGCAUAGUGAGGCUCAUAGCUCAUUGUCAAGAAGGUCUAGCUUACCUUCAUCAUGAGAAUAGAGAUGUCAAGUGCAAUAACAUACACCCCGACUCCAAAUUCGAGGUAUAUCCGGCAGAUUUUGGUCUUGCAAUGCUAAUGGAUUCACUAAAUUAUCAUCAUGCAAUUGGUUUCUAUGAGUAUAACUACUCCAUGAACCUAACAGAGAAGAGUGAUGUAUCUAGUUAUGGGGAGGUUUUGCUAGAGAUACUAAGUGGUUGCAGUGCUGCUGAAGAUGGCCAAACAGACACCUUUGAACCAGCUUGCAUGUGUCCCAAUGCACUAAGCACCCUAAGAACUGUGAUUCUUGGUGCAGUAUCUAAGGAGAGUAGCAUCGCUGAGUCAUGA